CUGUGGUUUUUAUUGCAGACACUGCUGACCUUCAGGGACGUGGCCAUCGAAUUCUCUCAAGAGGAGUGGGGAUGCCUGAAUCACAGUCAGAGGGAACUGUACAGAGAUGUGAUGUUAGAGACCUAUGGACACCUCCUCUUCUUGGGUCUUGUGUCAAAACCAGACCUGGUCAUCGUUUUGGAGCAAAAGAAGGAGCUGUGGGGUGUGAAGAGAAAAGAGACAGUAGCCUCACACCCAGGUAGGUGGGAGUGAAGCACACGACACAGGUGAGGUCCAAAUGUGAAGGAGGAAGAUGGAUCUUACAAUGUUGUUCAGGUAGCUCUCCUUGAAUGGAAAUUCAUUUGCAAAGCUGAGUUUUAUGUCUUUCCCUCUCACAGAGGGACAUCUGCUCUCUAACACAUCAUGUCUUUGAUUCUCCGAAGAGUCUCCUUCAGCUCCAGGGAAGGUCCACCAUAUCCAUGGUGAGGACCUCCAUAAUCUGAGAGCUUCUCCAUUGCUGUGAGAGCCCUAGAAGAUCUCUCUGUAUUUCUGAGGAACUCUAUGCUAAGUCAUUUCUAAAUUCUGUUUUGCUGCUUGUGAUAAGUGUGUGAGGGUAGUGGUGGGCCCAUUGGGGUUUGAGGCAGAAGCCUUGAGAACACUGGAGACAGAGAUCUCAUGUUUUCUGGUUUAGGAUUUCCAAAGUUACAGAGGAUUUAAUCUUAAGUGUACAAAAUUCAGGCUCAGUAAUUUCAUAAGAUCACAGAACACGUCCCUCAAAUGAGAAAAUCUAAUCCUUUAUUUCACAUCAAAAGUUUAUGUGUCUUUGUAGUAAUUAAAAUUUGAAAAAUCCACUCUGUGUUCCACUGCUCAAUGGUGAAAUAAUUUAAUGUAUCUAUGUGUUUCGUAAUUAACUAUAUAUUAAUGCCAUAAAGGAGCUAGAACAUUUACAAGUUAGA